ACGUCGACAUCUUGAUGAUUUGUCUAUUCCCAUUAACAUUCUAACAUCUUCGCUUCAAGGAAAUAAUCUCGAUGAAAAAUCUAAAGCUUUCAUUACCGUACAAUACGCAAAUAUGCUAUGGCGUAACAAAGGUUCAAUAGAAGAGGCUCGACAGAUUCAACUAAUGACUUGUAUAUCAGACUCUACAGUAGAAGCUAACUUGAAAGCGGUUUAUGAUUUGAUCCGCAAUACGUCUACGCUUUUACCGGAAACGAUAAGGGAUUUUUCUCAUCGAUAUCUUGAUUUUCUUAUGGAACGUGGCUCUACCAUAGCUGUUUAUAAUAAAAUCGACGUUGAAGCUAAUGGCCCUAUCACUGUACGUCCAGUUUUGGAUACCAAAAAACGUGGAGCUGAUGAAGAGCCUGAAAAACCUAUAAAGCAGGUCAGAAUGGAUGGUGUUGUUGAUGCUACCGCAGGAACACCUGUAAUCCCAGUUGCACCAUAUACUACAACUACUGGAGUGCAACCGCCGUAUUAUUCUCAAGGCCAAUGGAGUGCAUCAGGAUAUUCU